AAUUGCCCUUGGGUUGCUUUCCCCCACCUCCCUUCUGACCACGGAGUGGGCACAUCACUGGCUACACCAUGACCUGCUCUGACCGGCUGGACGCAAGCACCAUCAUAAGCACCUCACGUGUCUCGGCCAAGAGGAAGUGGUAGCCGGGAAAAGAACAGAAAAUUACAACCCCCUGAACACACUAUUUCUGGAGAACGGGGGGGGGUGUGGUUUCCCCACUGGCUCUAAUCCCCUGUAGACACAACUGAUCCCCAAGGAUCAACUGCCCCCAAACUCCCAUCUACAUGUGACGUUUUGGAGGCUGGUGGCUCCCACUUGGGAAGCCAGGGCAAUCCCCUCACUGACAAAGUUCAAUGACUAAGGGGUUGGUGGCUGGGGCUGAGGUGCCUGAGUCAGGCUGGGGGCGGACUGUCUCGGUUACCGGAAGUCAAAAGCUUAAUUCCUCCUUUUCCAAAGGCAGGCAGAGGGAAUAGGCUUGAGCGAGCCUCUGGGCAGCCAGAACCGCCCCGAGGCUGAUCUGGCAUGAGGCUGGCCGCGCUAUUCUUGGGGGCCUCGCUGGGGCUGCUGGCAGCCCAGGGGACAGGGAACGACUGUCCUCAUAAAAAGUCAGCCACUCUGCUACCAUCCUUCACGGUGACCCCGACAGCUACAGAAAGCACGGCAAGCCCUGGGACCACGAGCCCCAGAACCACCACCGCAGGUGCCACCAGCCAUGAGCCCAUGACAGCCACUCACAAGCCCCCGACCACCCCCAGUCACGGAAACACCACAGUUCAUCCCACAACGAGCAACAGCACCGCCACCAGCCCGAACGCCUCCACCAGCUCCCCCCACCCGGGCCGCCGCCACCCCCCGCCGCCACCCCCGCCGAGUCCCAGCCCAGGGCCCCAGGAAGCCAUAGGAGACUACACUUGGACUAAUGGUUCCCAGCCCUGCGUUCGGCUCCAAGCCCAGAUUCGGAUUGGAGUUGGGUACCCAACCCAGGGUGGAGGAAAGGCCUGGGGCAUCUCCGUUCUGAACCCCAACAAAACCAAGCCCCAGGGGGGCUGUGAGGGCGCCCACCCCCACCUGCUUCUCUCAUUCCCCUUCGGGCGGCUCAGCUUCGGAUUCGAGCAGGAGCCGCGGCAGGGCGCCGUCUACCUGAACUACCUGGCCCUGGAGUACAACGUGUCCUUCCCGCAGGCAGCGCAGUGGACGUUCUCGGGUCAGAAUUCAUCCCUUCGAGCUCUCCAAGCGCCCCUGGGCCGGAGCUUCAGCUGCAGAAACGCAAGCGUCCUUCUGGCACCAGCUCUGCGCCUGGACCUCCUCCAUCUGAAGCUACAGGCCGCUCAGCUGCCCCCUUCAGGGGCCUUCGGGCCAAGUUUCUCUUGUCCCAGCGACCAAUUCAACCUGCUGGCCCUCAUCAUCGGCUUGAUCUCGCUCGGCCUCCUCACCCUGGUGCUGGUCACAUUCUGCGUCGUCCGGAGACGCUCACCCACCUACCAGGCCCUCUGAGCAUCUGUCCCAACACCAGGUGACACCACGGGGCCCUCCUUUCUCACCACUCAACCGACUCAGAAACAAAGUUACCUUCCCUCUCCGUCUUAAAGAAAAAAAGUAGGGGAAAGGAUGGAGGGGAAAGAUGCUCAUUAAACGUGACACGUUUCUCCUCCCCCGGCCCUGCCUGAACCUCUGUCCUCGGUUUUCCCUGUUCUUCUCGCCAGGAUUAAAAGCUGUGUG